AUGGAUAUUGGAGGAUCUCUCGCUAAGGUUGUAUUUUUUGAACCAAAUAGUAAAGCGGACGGUGCGGAGAAAAAAAAGAGGAUAGUAACCAAGCACGACUUAACCAGGAAUCUCAGCAGCGAUUCCGAUAACAGUGAUGCUGACGAUAACUUCGAAAUGCUUGCAAACUACGUUUUAUCCAAUCAUUACCUAGGUGACAAUGGGAUUCGUGACCAACGAUUAGAAAUGCACGAUCAGCAAUUCCACGGCCAAUCUGGAACACUCCAUUUUAUUCACUUUCUCACUAGUAGAAUGGACGAAUGCUUCGAAUUUGCCAAAACUUUUCGACUUCCAGAUCUAUCAGACGUUGUUUGUGCUACUGGAGGUGGUGCAUACAAAUACGAAGGCAACUGUAAAGAGAUACUUGGAAUGAAGUUGCGAAAGUAUGAUGAACUUGAAUGCCUAAUUAAAGGAAUUCAUUACAUUUAUGCGCAUAAUCCAUUAUCAGAAUGCUACUUCUGGGAAGGAGUAACGUCAGAUGGAAGUAGUCCCAAUGCACGUAAAGUACCGUACGAUUUUGGCGAUCCUUAUCCAUACAUUGUUGUCAAUUUCGGCUCGGGUGUUAGCAUAUUGGCAGUUCAAUCUCCUGAUGAAUACUAUAGAGUUACUGGUUCAAGUAUCGGAGGAGGAACCUUCUUGGGUUUGUGUUGUUUACUUACUGGUUGUGAAACUUUCGAAGAGGCACUACGAAUGGCCGAAAAUGGUGAUAGCACGAAAGUAGAUAAACUAGUUCGCGAUAUCUAUGGCGGUAGCUAUGACAAAUUUAACUUGCCAGGAAGUACCGUUGCUGCUAGUUUCGGCCAUAUGAUGCAUGAAAAUAAACGAAAGCAAAUGUCUAAGAGCGACUUAGCUCGAGCAGCCUUAGUCACAAUCACAAACAACAUUGGCUCAAUUGCUAUGAUGACAGCACAUGCCCAGAAAAUUCAAAGAAUCGUAUUUGUAGGCAAUUUCUUGCGUACAAAUGAUAUAGCCAUGAAAAUGUUGGCCCAUGCUCUAAAUUAUUGGUCACAAGGAACGAUGAAAGCUCUAUUCUUGGAACAUGAGGGUUACUUUGGAGCUGUUGGUGCUUUGCUAAAACUAAGUGAUCAAGUCAAUACGGAAAAAAAUAAUAAUAAACAGUAG